UUGGUCGUUUGUUCUUCUACCGAGAGCAGUACUGUGGAAAUAUGAAAACAAAUGACUGUAAUUCAUGUGUGCUUUGCUCAUUUUCUGAUUAGUUUUGCUCUCGGAUAUAGGGAUUAGGAUUUAAUCAAUAACAAUCUUGUCCUCAUUUUCAACAGUUUAGAUUGUCUGACCACCUUCCAUAGACACGUAUUUAUAACAUCGGUGACUCAGAAAAGUUGAAAUGAUUGAUAUCACCUUACUAUGGCGAUUCAUGUAAAGGACUAACUCAUUGCCAUAUCAAGUUUGGAUGGGUGACAUGCAACCAAGCAAUGAUACUUCAAAGAAGGGAUAUCCUAAUCAUACUGGUUUUGCGAUACCUACCUUUUUCUCACAAUUCCCAGAGAAAGUUCAGAAAUGCCUCAAGAUAGACUUUGACCAAUUGUUGAGAAAUGAUAAUAUGACAAGCCCAGAAAUUGACCAGAGAAAUAACAAAGAAUCAUCGGCCGUGGAGUUGAGUCUUGAAAAGCAAAUGUAUUCUUGGAAAGAGAAUCCAAUUUGGGAGGACCAUCCUCCUGAUAUAAAUGUUACGGUGCCUAAAGGCUCUCUUUGCAACCUUAAUUUGAAAGUUGAUGUUGGGUUGCCUCCCGAUGCUGUCUACAACAUUGUAACAGACCCCGAUAAUAAGAGAGUAUUCAAAAAUAUUAAGGAAGUAAAAUCAAGAAAGGUCUUAGUUGACGAGGGAUCGAGGCAGCUGGUAGAAGUGGAACAAGCAGCAAUUUGGAGAUUCCUUUGGUUGUCUGGGACCAUUUCAAUUCAUGUUUUGGUGGAUCAAAACCGAGACGAUUAUUCAAUGAAGUUUAAGCAAAUUAAAUCCGGAUUUAUGCAAAGAUUCGAAGGUUGCUGGAAAAUGGAGCCCUUUUUUGUCGAUGAAGAAUUAUGCCAUCCAUUUAAACCUCCAUCUUUGACGGAUUAUAUUACAUGCACGAAAGGCAAAGGAAGAAUCGCAUCGAGAUUGAGCUUGGAGCAACUCAUACAACCGGCUAUCCUCCCUCCACCGCCGAUUUCAUGGUAUCUCCGAGGGAUUAUGACAAAGACAACCGAGAUGUUAAUUACCGACUUGCUAGCUGAAGCUGCCAGAAUCAGACAGGAUUCCUGCACUUCUGAGGAAAAAUCUAUUGAACACGAACAAGGUGAUCCAUGUGAUAUCAAGAAACGAUGGGCCAUGCGACGUAAAAAUGCUAGGCUUUCUCGUACUAGCUAGCUUGUCGUUGAGUUCGAAAUCUUGUUAAGCCAUCAGUUUUUGAUUAUUUCUAUUCAAUCAUAUGAUUGUAUCUAUAUUAUCCAAUAACAUUUUUUUCUUCAAUAACGGGGGAACUCGUAGCCGCUACCCUUCUUGUGUGCACUAGUGAAGAUAUUGUCAAAGUUGGUGAAGAUGACAUGUUUUACAUUGGUGAAGAUAGUGUCAAAGUUGAAACUUGUUUGUCA